AUGGGAAUGAUAUUCUCAGAAUUUUAAUGCUUUGGAUUGGUACAGCUUUGGAGUGACUAAUGCAGUCCAUUGAAAAAUGAUAUAGAAAAGUUCUAUCAAGUGCAAUGCAAAUCUGAGAAAUUAGAAAAUUAAAACGGUCUCGACUAAGGAGCGAUAAUUGGAUAAUAAAAUAAAAAACUCUCAGCUAAUAGCUCUGAUAAUACUCAUUUAGGCAUUAGCAAAAAUCUCUCAUCUGGUAUUAUGAGGUAACUUUCAAUCAUCAAAAUAAGGCUUAGUAAUGAUGGUUGGGGAUACUUAUCUUAAGGUCUAGGAAAAGCAUAGGCUCUCUAUAAACUUUAAGUUAAUCUUUGCAAUCUGUCACACUAAGCAAUUGAAAUGCUACAACCUGGACUUAAAAUGAAUCAAUCUUUAGAAGUUAUUGAUUUUUCAUGUAAUGGCAUCACUGAUGAUUGUGGGGGAUUGCUUGCUAAGAUAGUCUAAGAAUAAUCUGAAAUGAGAGAUUAAGUUGUCUGGCUGCAUGGAUUAAGAGGAGAAAAGCCUAAGAAUCUUGAAGAAAUAGGGCUCAAAGAGUUUCAUCUCUGUUAUAAUAAAUUAGGAUCAAACUUUAUAAAGGCACUUGCUAAAGUUGUAAAAUAUGACGAAUAUCUAAGAGUUAUUGACCUUAAAUUUAAUAAAAUCACAGACAAUGUUGUGAAGAGCGAUCUGAUACCUGCUCUGAAAAAUAAUAAUUCAUUAACAAACUUAGACCUUAGAAAUAACAACUGCAAUUCUUAUAAACAUUAACAAAUUAUUGCCUUGUGCUUGCUCAAGAAUAUUGACAAAUUAAAGAAAAGCAAAAUCAUAGUAAAGAAGUAAUGGUUAAAUCCAAGUGUUUUAUUAUUUGAACCUGGUGAUUUAAUUGAAUAAAAUUUUGGUGAGACUGGGUAAUUUAGGCAGGUUCAAACUCCUAUUAAUCAGUAAUCAGCUAAGAUAAGUUAAGGAUUUGACAUGAUGAGUUAAAUGGGCUCUCAAUUUUCAAAAACUGCAUCUUAAAAAUUCAUUUAAGGCUCCAUAAAGUAAGUCUAAGCACCUAUUAUGAAAAAAAAUAAAAGACCAUAGUCAAGAAAUAACAUAAAAAUUGAGGAUGGAGAUGCAGAAUUUUAAAAUCAAAUGGUCAUAUAAGGGCCAUUUGCUUAGACUUUGUAGAACUAGUUUCCUAUAUCCUUAAAUAUUAAAGAUGGAACUACUUUCAAAAGAAGUGCUUCCUUUUCAGAUUUCUCUGCUAAUUUUGUGAAAGAUGGAAGCAGAGAGGACUUUUCAAUAGUAGCUCCUAAGAAUGAUCAAAAUGACUAUGACAAGAGUGAAUUUGAGAUUCUAAAUCCUCUCUCUCAAGUUUAACACCCUGACUAACAAUUUAAAAGAGAUUCUAUAAGAAUGAAAUAUGAAGUAAAUAAACUGAAUGAUACCAUAAACAGAAUGAAAAUGCUCUACUAGAUUAGUCAGACUACCCAGCCACUGAAUAAUGCGGCACAAAUGUCAAAUACAGAAUUUAACAAUGUUGAAUCGCAAAACUAGAAAUAUCAACCAGGCACUGGUGGUGAUGGAUCAGAGGAAGUUUUAUCCAGGAUAGAUAUGCUAAUGGGUGAGCUCACAAGGCUUAUGGAUAGUCUAGAGAAUACUUCAUAGAACUUUAACUUCAACUUCAAUAACAACCAAACUUUCUAAAAUAUCAUGCAAAGGCUUAAUGAUACAACUUAAAUGCUUAAUAGAACUCCAGCAUCUCCAAAUCAAGGAUCAAUUAAGACUUUCAGAAAGAAGGUGAGAUUGGCAAAAAAGAUCAAGCAGAACAGACCUAUGCCCAACUGGAUCAGAUACAAGACUGACAACAAAAUCAGGUACAACGCAAAGAGAAGAAACUGGAGAAGAACCAAGCUAAAGUUCUGA